UGUUACUGUUGCUGCUGCUGCUGCUGCUUCUUCUUCAGCUUUCAUGUUUUAUCAUUUAUCUCCCACUCACACCAAAUAAAACCCACCCCAGCUGCAAGAAACCCUCUGACUCCUCGUGGAAAAAGCCUGAGCUUUGUGAUGACAUGAAGCCCUGACUGCAAGAAGCAAGAAAAAAUAAGCAAGAACCAAGCUUUCAAUGGUCAAUUGUCAGAAGUUGCCUGAAGUUAUUUCUCCAUUCAAUUGACAGUGGUUCUCCUGGACUGUUGUAUCUGGGGGGAGGGGGGGUGGUGGAGGUAAAGGGAAAGAAGAUAUUGUAUCACCCAAAAAUGUUUGGACAGAAAAGACACCGACUCUUACAAAGUCGAUAAUCUUACUACCCAGACUGAAAACAUGUGACGUUCUUCUGUCGUCGGAGCUCGAGGGAAAGAGAGACAGAUAAUCGUGCAGGCUUGCGAUCAUGAUGUUUCGGGAUCAAGUUGGCGUGUUAGCUGGGUGGUUUAAAGGAUGGAAUGAAUGUGAGCAGACAGUAGCCCUAUUAUCCCUGCUGAAGAGGGUCAGUCGGACCCAGGCUCGCUUCCUUCAGAUCUGCUUAGAGCAUUCGCUGGCCGACUGCACUGACAUCCACAUACUAGAGGGAGAAGCCAAUGAUGCUGCUUUCAUCAGUCAAUGGCAUCAGGACCCGAAGGAAAAGGUUGUUCUGCAGCUGCUUUCCCAUCUUCCUUUACUUCAGCCUGGGAAUGUGGAGGCAAAGUCUGAAUAUAUGAAACUGCUGCAGAAGGUGCUGGCCUAUUCCAUCGAUAGCAAUCUGUUCAUCGAGGAGAGUAGACAGCUGUUAUCCUAUGCACUAAUCCAUCCUGCCACCUCACUGGAUGACCGGAGUUCUCUGGCCUUAUGGCUAACUCACUUGGAGGAGCGCAUGUCAAGCAACUACAGUUCACAAAAUGUGGGGCCAGCAGACUCUAUAUACACAGGAGUGUACAACCAAAAUCAAAGGCAGAAUGUCGAAGACAAACUAAAUGAAUGGCAAAAUCGAGCGGAUAGCGGUAUGUGUGUCACUGUCCCUGCUUGGCAGGACAAGCCAAUGACCUGUGAGAAUGGACAUUUGCCUCUGCAUACAUCUGCAUCAGUGCCAUCUGCUAUGAACAACAUUGGAAGCAAUACAAGUACAGUUCUCCAAGGCCAAACCCAAACCAACCACAGUCCUCUGAAGCGCUCAGUUUCCCUCACCCCACCGAUCAAUAUGACAAACCAGUCUGUGGUCAGCGAGUGGAUGUCUCCAGAUGACCUGCGUACCAGGGCAGUCUACGCCCCAUCAGACCAUGCACCACUCUCCCCGCAGAGCAGCAUAGCCUCCUCUGGGAGUGGCGGCAGUGAGCAGACAGAGGAACAGGGGUCAAGUCGCAACACAUUUCAGGAGGAGGGGAGUGGCAUGAAAGAUGUGCCCACUUGGUUAAAAAGUCUUCGGCUACACAAGUAUGCAUCGCUCUUCUCUCAGCUAACCUAUGAGGAGAUGAUGACUCUGACUGAGCAUCAGUUAGAAUCUCAGAAUGUUACAAAGGGGGCACGGCACAAAAUAGCCCUGAGCAUUCAGAAGUUACGCGAACGACAGGGUGUGCUGAAAUCCUUAGAAAAGGACAUUCUUGAGGGAGGAAACUUGCGAAAUGCCCUUCAGGAGCUGCAGCAGAUAAUUAUAACCCCAAUCAAAGCUUACACCCCACCUCAAAUAACCCCCAAAGAGGGACAUGAUACAGACCCCAAUAGCUCCUCCAAUACUAUACCGGGACUGGGCACAGACAGCCGAACAACCAAAGCAGCUGCCGAAAAGGAGUCUACAUCUGAUGGCUUUCAGCCCCAGAGUGUCUCAACAUGCGAUGGAGAGUCAGCGGCGGCCCCAGUAUCUGAAGGUGACAUUCCUGGACAGUUCACCAGAGUCAUGGGGAAAGUUUGCACUCAGCUGCUGGUGUCCAGACCAGAUGAAGAAAAUAUAAGCUCUUACUUGCAGCUCCUAGAGAAGUGCCUGGCUCAUGAGGCAUUUACUGAAACACAGAAGAAAAGACUAUUCUCGUGGAAGCAGCAAGUGUUUAAGCUGCUGAGGUCUUUUCCUAGAAAGGCCUUGUUGGAGAUGCCAGGUGUUCGCCAGAGAAGCUGGGGUUUCAGUCAGUCCAGUUCGCUUCCCACAGCCGGUUCUGUGGUUGGAGGGCUAGGCAGACGAGGCCAGCGGCCAUUCCAGGUUCCUCCGCGGGGUCUGUCUGCAAACCGCAUGGGUCUGAUUGGCACUUCUGCUAAUCUGGGUGGUGUUUCUCCAAGGCAUACGCUUAAUCCAUUGACAAGCCAAGGCAGGCAGAACCUAUGGUUUGCGAACCCAGGUGGCAGUAAUAGCAUGCCAAGUCAAAGUCGCAGCUCAGUGCAGCGGACAUACUCACUACCUGUGCACACCUCCCCACAAGCCAUCCUGAUGUUCCAGCAGCCAGAAUGUCAAGUGCCAGUGACAGAACCGGAGAUUAAUACCAGACUGGAAUCUCUGUGUCUCAGUAUGACCGAGCACGCCUUAGGAGAUGGAGUGGACAAGACAUCGACUAUUUAGUAUGCUGUACUUAGCUUGUGAACACUUAUUGAGAGACUGACAUAACACAGCAGCUGCAGGAAAUGCCACUGAAGUUUGAGGGUCACUACACCUUACAAUAGCCUCACAACCCUGUUGCACCAUGUCUCAGUGAAGUAGGGCGUAAGUAAUGCAGGAUGGCUGGUUAACUCCCACACGAGCAGUUUUUUGGAACAUGCUAAGGUCUGGAAUGGAUCAAACUGGAUUGGGAUCUAAACCAAAGUCAUUUAAAGUUCAUUGUGUUUGAAGGUUCACUCCCCACCUUUUUACAAGCUACGAUACAUGUUUAAAACACAAGUUAAGUUACCCUUUUUCUAUUAUACAAUUAUUAUUUUUAAAAGCCUUUGCAGCAGGUUUGCUUCCUCAUGUAAAAGGGAAGUUGUACUUCUCGAGACGGAAUUAGAGAGGGCUUUGGGAGGGGGGAGGGUUUGAAGUAUGAAAGAAUAGAGGAUUGUUGAAGCAGUGUUGGAGCUGGCGUUGAAAUGUUUCAAGUCCCUAGCAGCUGGGUUUGUGCUGCUGGGGGAGGGGGGAUUUAAUAGCCAAACUUUGGAAUAUGCCUGUUCCUUAAAUAUUUUGCUUUUCCAAGGCCAGAACAGACUCAUUCCUGGUUUCUAAAGUUUCACUUCACAUUCUUUUAGCACCUUGACAAUUAAACACGCUGGCAUAUAUCCAUCUCUGGGAGCACAUUAACUAACUGUGUGGCCCUUCAUUUCUGUCACAUGCCACCUUUUAAGUUCUGGUUAAUGGAUUGAAGGUUGUUUAGUUUUGGUAUAGCCAUUAAUGUACCUCACAGACCUGUAGUCCUGGCACCAUCUGGACACAGCGUAAUGGGGCCCUGACUCAAGUUAUUUGUUUAGGUUGAGUAGUCGUCUCAUUUGGGAAACAUCAAAAAGACCUGUUGGUAACUGCACCCCACCCCAUUGUGGUACUGAACAUUCUGAAAUGUCCCAGGUUUGAUAUCAGGCCUUAUGUCGACCUCCAGGAGGUGGCAGUAAAUGUUCCUCGAGAGGAAAUGUCCCAACAGAUUUGCCAGCCUUGACGUCAAGCCAUUUCCCCCAGUCCUGGAAUUGUGUGGAUGUUGGGUGAGAAUGGAAUUGGACCUGGCUAUGCCAACUUUCACACCCAACCGACGUCAACACUUUGGUUUUCCGAUGGAGUGGUCAGGCUGCUUUAAUUGGCUCCCCUGGGAGAGAAACAAGAAAAUGAAGCACCGCACCAGUUCUGGUGUAGAGAUACGAAUCCUAAAAGGACAGUUUUCAUGCAGCUACACUGGGAGAAACUCGAUUUAGAUUCCAAAAACUCCUCUGUGCAAUGAGGUUUGUUUAUGUUCCUCACACCUGUUCACGCAUUAAAGCACACAAAAUUCUGGUGAUUAAAACCCACAAUAACAAGGUAGAAUUUCUUCCUCCAUCUUGAUUUCAGAAUUUGACCCAAUCAUAAAUCUAUUUACUAAUUUAAAGAAAUCUAGCCCACAGUGAAGCUUCUGAAGAAACCAGGAAUCUCUGCUCCGCUGUAAAGUUAGGACAUCCCUUUGUGUUCUGUCUGACGCCAGGAAAAUAAUUUUCUUACUAAACAAUAAAUAUCCAAAAGUG